AACAACAUUUUUCACAUGUAGUGAUGGAUAAUCAGAAAAUAUGCAAACUUAAGUUCAGGAAACGGAAAGCGGCAUCAAAUAUUUCGUUUUGCAUGAAAAAAGAAAGAAAUGCGUCGAACAAAAAAAUACUGGAAAUAAUUCAAAAACCAUUAGCCGAAAGAACUAUUGAUGAUAAAGAAAUUCUCAACACAUGUAAAGACACAGUACAAAAAAUUUCUCAAAGAUUAGAUAGACAAAAGAAAUUGAAAGAACGAUUACAAGAAUUUGAGGAUCCUAUUGAAGUAAUAGAUUCAAAAUGUGAAGAACUAGCUAAAGCUAUUGCUUCUGCAUCCAGUUUCAUAGUUUAUACUGGCGCAGGAAUAAGUACAGCUGCUAAAAUACCUGAUUAUAGAGGCUCAAAUGGAAUAUGGACAUUAUUAGAUCAAGGAAAAGAUAUUGGAUGUCAUGAUUUAAGCCAAGCUGAACCAACAUUAACGCACAUGGCAUUAUAUCGUUUAUAUCGUGAAGGAUUACUUGGACAUGUUGUUUCUCAAAAUUGUGAUGGGUUACAUUUAAGAAGUGGUCUCCCUAGACCAGCAUUAUCAGAAGUCCAUGGGAAUAUGUUUAUUGAGGUAUGCAACAACUGUAAGCCAAAUAGACACUAUUUACGGAUGUUUGAUGUGACUGAACAUACAGCAAGGUACAAUCAUAAAACAUUAAGAUUAUGUUAUGCUUGUCAUAAACCCUUAAAAGAUACAAUUGUUCAUUUUGGCGAACGUGGUAAACUUCAAUGGCCAAUUAAUUGGUCAACAGCUUGUAAACAUGCCGAGAAAACUGAUGUGAUCUUAUGUUUAGGAUCUAGUUUAAAGGUUCUUAAAAAAUAUCCAUGGCUCUGGUCUAUGGAUAGACCAGCUAAAAAAAGACCAAAUUUAUAUAUUGUCAAUCUUCAAUGGACUCCUAAAGAUGAUCAAGCUACUUUAAAAAUUAAUGGUAAAUGUGAUGAAAUUAUGAAAAAAGUCAUGUCAAUUUUAAAUUUGGAUAUACCUAAGUAUCAACGUUGUCUUGAUCCUAUAUUUCACCAUGCUACAAUGUUGGUACCUGCCGAAGAACAUACUACUGUACAUCCUGUUUUAGCUGUUCCAACUGAUGAUGUUAAAAAAAAUGAUAUAAAUAUUACUACAAAAUGUGAAAAAUUAGAAUUAGAUUUAAGCAACUAUAAAAAUAAUACCAAAAUGUGUUCAGGAUCAAAAGAUCAAUCAAUUAAUCAACCAUUUGAUCUCAAUUCAAUAAAAUUAGAAAAUGUUACUUCUAUAGUUGAUAAAAAUGAGUCUCUUAGUUUACCAUCUUGUUCAAGUAUGGAUAUUGUUCCAAAUUUGAGUCAUUUUUGGAGACCAUUUAUUGAAGGUGUUGAGCAAAAUUCAUUGGAUAAUCGUAAUAUGCUUUCAUUGGUAGAGCCAAUAGUACCAUAUUUAAAUUCAUUUUUCAUCAACAAUAUGGAAACCUUAGGAUUGUCUCCAACUCCUGUUGAUCAAUUUUACAAAAACUUUGUAUAUCAAGCAUGUAUAGGAUUAGCUGCAGUUGAAAAACUACAAAUAGAAAAAAAGCUGACAAAUAAUUCAAAUAAAAAGAAAAAAGACGUUGCUGAAGAAAAAGACGAUACUAAAAAAACCGAUGUUUCUAUCAGUCGUUACUGUACAUUUUGUCAUCCAGUAUAUGGUUCAACUAAAUGUUUAUUUUAUCAUCGAUAUGAGUCUAAAUUUAAAGAAAAUGUUGAUACUUGUCUAUGUUGUGAUGAUGAUACUGAUGAUGAAGAUGAAAAUGAACCAAAGAAUGAUGAUAUUGCUGAUAAAAAUGAUGAAGUUAUAGAAAAAGCCAAAGUUACUGCAGGUUGGUUUGGGAAAGGAUACAAAAAAAGAAUUAAGAAAAAAAAAUAGGUAUAAUUAAUUAUUAUCUACUUCAUUUUAUUUUAAUUAUUUUUUUAUUUGAAACAUUCUUUUUUUAACCUUCCAGUAUUUAAGUUAGGUUAUGUAAUGUUUGAAUGGUUGUAUAAAUUUAAACAUAGCUAAUGGUAUAGAUACUCUUAUCUAAAAUAAUUUAUUGUUUAUUUAGAGUUCAGAUAUCUAUAUUUCGUAAAUACUUCCAUAUUUAUACUAU